UCGUCUGUGCGCUCAGUUAGAAUGUCUAUGUUAUUCAACGGCGACAACUCCGACUCCGAUGGGGAAUUGAAGAUAAACACGGAAUACGCCAAUAUUUACGAUAACUUCCGUCAAAAGGAGGAAUUACAUAAACUGAAGGCAAGAUAUGGAGAAAACGCUGCAUUUUCGGAGGACGAAACUGAUGAGAGCAGUUCAUCAGAAGAUGAAGACAGUAAUCCAGAAUUUGAUAAACAGUUUCUCAUAACGUUGGCCUGUUUGAAAUCUGGGGACCCGAGCACAUAUGACGAAAAAGUUAAUUCCUUCAAUGACAAACCUGGGACAUCAGAAAAUGCCGAAGUGAGAGAAACAAGAAAGAAGAAGUCAAGGAAAGAGAAGCCCCUCUCUUUGCGCGAUUACGAACGUAAGAUAAUAUUGGAAAGAGACGGACGGUUUAGUAGCAGCGAAGAUGAAGACGAUGAAAAGCAGACAGCUAAAUCUAAAAUGUCCACUUACGUGGAGGAGCAAAACGAAUUAAGAGAUAGUUUCAAACAUGCUCUAAAAGAUGAGGAUGAAGAUAACGAUGAGGAUAAUUCCCUCUUGAAGAUAAAACAAAAGACAGAGGAUGAGAAACACAAAGAAGAAAAAUCGUACAAGAAGUGGUUGAUAGGUCGAGAAGUGGAGAUAGAUCCCGAGGAGAAGGAAAUGCUCAAACCACUGCGUGACUUUUGGUCGGAUCCUAAUUUAGAUCCGAAUGAGAAAUUCUUGAGGGAUUAUAUUUUAAAUAAUAAGUAUAUGGAUAAAGAAUCUUACGACGCUGACUUGGAGUACAAUCAAGUUAUUCAUGACAGCGAUGAGAACUUGUCGGAAGAUGAAAAGACUAUUCGUAAGCAGGAGGAAUUCGAACAUAAAUACAAUUUUAGAUUUGAAGAACCUGAUCAAGAAUUUAUCAAGAGGUAUCCACGAACGAUGGAAAACUCAAUGCGGAAAAAAGAUACGCGCAGAGCGCAGAAGAGAGUGGAAGUUAAGGAAAGAAAAGAGCAGGAGAAACAGCAGAAGAGAGAGGAACUGAAGCAAUUGAAGGCGUUGAAGAGAAAAGAGAUAGAAGAAAAGAUCGAAAAGUUGAAAGAAAUCACAGGAAAUGACGAUAUGCGUUUUGAUAAUGUUGAUUUUGAUUCCGACUUCGAUCCAAAUGAACACGACAGAAGGAUGAAAGAGCUUUUUAAUGACGACUAUUAUACUGAUGGUAAAGACGAGAUGCAGAAGCCAGAAUUCCCGGAGAUCGAUGAAGAAUUGGAUAUUGAGCUCAAGUGGGACACAUAUGAUCCAACUACAGAUAAAAUUGACAUGGAAACUGCGCAAUACGAAGAACCUCAUUGUGAAGAUCCAAAUUUUAAUAUGGACGCUGAUUACGAUAAGUCCCAAAAUCUACAGUCCGAACUCAUUGAAAAUACGAAAAGGAGAAAACGGAGGAAGCGCUCUAAAUUCGCGGAGCUUAUAGCAAAGGAGAAACCGAAAUUUGAUCCAAAACAAUUUCCUUCGUAUGCAGAUUAUUUCGAUCAAUAUUACUCAUUGGAUUACGAGGACAUGAUUGGAGACUUGCCGUGUAGAUUUAAAUAUCGGAAAGUAGUGCCAAACGAUUAUGGAUUAAGUGUUGAAGAAAUUUUAAUGGCUGAUGAUAAGGAGUUGAAUAAAUGGUGCCCCUUAGGACAAGCUCUUAAACAUAAACCAGAACACGUGGAAACAAAUGAAAUUAAAAUAUUUAAACAAAAAUCGAUGAACGAAGCAUUUAAGCAAAAAGUUCUUAAGAGCUUAUAUAGUGAACCCGAAGAGAAAAAAGAAGAAGGAAAAGGCGAGGAAACUGUUACCGAGGAAACUGAAACCAGUAAUAAGAAACGUAGGCGAAGGAAGAAAGCUAAAGGCAGCAAUCCUCUUAACGUGGAGUCUAAUACUGAUACUAAGGAAAAAAUUGUACAUACAAUAGAGAAUAACGUACAGAAUAGUAACAACAAGGAUGAGAGAAAGAAGGAUGAAAAAAAUAAAGAGGCGCAAGAGGAAAAUAUAGUAAAUAAGAGCAAAAAGAAAAAACGAAAGAACAACUUACAAGCUGACGGCGACGUGUCGAUUUCUAAGAAAAUGAAGACAGAUAACGCAGUGAAGGAAAGUUCUCAAAUAAAAAUGAACAUUGAUAACAUUAAAGUAGAAAAUAGUAAUGAAAAGACGAUAGCCAAUGGGAAAUCUGCAGGUCGGAAGAAAAACAAGAACAAUAAUUCUCACAUGAAUACUAAAAAACACAAACCAGAUUAUAAUGAUCCAAUGAUGUCUUUGAAUGCAGAAAGAUUGAAGACCUACGGAAUAAAUGCUAAGAAAUUGAAAAAUAAGUUGAAAUAUGGGAAUAAGAAAUUAUAAAUAUGGAUUUUCUGUAUUUGUAUGUAUAUAGU